CAUCCUGAAUUUUGUGAGUUGCUGAAAACUGAGGUCUGUCCCCUUGUCAUCAAGCUGUUUUCUCCCAGUUUGAAAUCGGCACAUGUGUCCUCGCAACAUCCAUCAUCGCGUACUUCGUCGCAAGGUUUGCCCACUGAUAGGCCCUAUUUCCCCAUCGCGAUGCGACUUGUGCGCAUUAUUCUCUGCCUCAUCUCUUUAUACCAUCAACUUCUGCCCACCGAGUGUGAGAUCUUUCUUUCUUCCCUCAUGAAAUUCGUUGAUGUAGAUCGCAGAGGAUGGCAACGAGCGUUAUCGCUCGAGGCGCUUCAUCGAGUUGUAGUAAGGCCGGACAUCGUAAGGUGGCUCUGUGAGAACUUCGAUGCUCGUUCAAAUACGACCAAGGUUUUGGAACAUCUGUCAAGCAGCAUAUCGGAUGUCAUACAGCAAAGUUUCAAACCUACAAAAUUGUCAUCUGAUAUGGAUUUGGAGCUAGAUGGGAAUCAACCGAGGAGUUCGUCCGGAUUUUAUUUUUCAAACGUUUGGCACCCAUAUGUGGAGCAGCUGUCUUCAAAGAAAUCAUUGUUGCUUGAUAGCUUGGAACGGCACGAAGCUGGCACGGUUCCCGAUGGCUAUGUGGUGUCGCGAGCAACAUCCGUCCUGGUUGACUUCAUCCAAGCAAUUUAUGCUGCCGUAGAUAAGUACGGUUUCAGACGAUGGAGCCGAAGCGAUAUUCACAAGCUGUCAGCCGAAUUUGCUUUGGCUUUUUUUAGUACUGACGAGACAGUGACGGAUCAGUUGUUAUGUGGAUUGUCAACUUUAAUGUCUGUUGGCUGUAAAUUGAAGCUGUCAUCCGCUAGUCUAAACUGUCUUUACGUGUUAUGUUGCGCUUGUCUACCAUCAGUGAAUUACUUGCAAACGUAUGGCGGUUUUGAUGCACCAAAAAAUGCUGCGACAUCAGACCUAGUAUUUGAUUCUGCCUCUACACUGCAUGAAGUAGUAGCUUCCGGAACACCCUGUCCGUCCCCAAUAGUGGCACCUGAUAAAUGGAAUGAUAUGGUUAUGCUUACCUCUCGGAAUUUGCAAGCGUCACGCAUCCUACUCAGUUCGAUAUGCGCUCAUGCGACGUUGAUGGAUGAGCUUUGGUACUUGUGUAUGUUAACCUGUCAACAUGUCGCUUGGUUACUAGCUAUCAAACCGGCUUCCAAUGGUAUUUUUGCCAGGGAGAAAACGUCUCUGUUCGACAAAAUCGCUUGCACAUCCGUCUCGUUGUCAAAUGAAUCGCUUCUCAAGACUAUGGAUGCAAUUAUGAGAUUGUCGGACGAAAAUGUGGCUGUGGCAGCAACGGGUCGAGAUUGUUCGUUAUUCCCUCUUGCAAUGCUUCUUCGGUUCGCUAGCUUGAAUCUGCAUCGUCAGAAGGUGUUCUGGAGUCGAGUAACCUCGCAUUUCAUCAAGAUCUGUGGACAUACAACACCAUCACUUCGAGAAUGGGCGGCAGUUGCGCUAGCAAGUAUAAUCAAGCAAGCUUUCAAAGCGAAGACAGAAAUGAGCGAACAACAACAGCUCACGCUUAGCACCUUACGCUCUUUAUGCUCCGUUCAUCAAGCUGACGUGCAACGGCGCCAACUAGACUGUUUGAUGGCUCUGCUGCAGACGGACGGUGCUCAGCUGGUUUCCAAAAUGUGGCAUCAUGUCAUCUACAUUGUUGCUGCCAUCGUCGAUGAAGAGAAUUGCUGUGACGAAGCACUUGUUCGACAAGGCUACCUUGGCUUGAGACUUGUGGCUGCCGAUUUCUUGCAAUCGCUUCCUUUUGAGUGUGUUUCUGCUCUAGUGGAGGCAGUGGCAAGAUAUGGAAAACAAAUGGCUGACCAUAACAUCUCGUUAUCUGCACUCACGCAGCUGUGGACAAUUUCUGAUUUUGUAUUCCGAAAAAGUGAGGAAGUUGGUGCCGAUGCUUCUGAGAAGGUGUGGUUGGUUUUAUAUACAUGUCUGUCGGAGCUCUGCACUGACACCCGUCCUUCGGUACGAAAAAGCGCAUGCCAAACCUUGCUCCAGACUGUAGCGUCGCAUGGACACGCACUUCGAAUUACUACAUGGAAUCAUAUGGUUUGGCAGAUAAUUAUGCCACUGUUGGAUCGAGUACGCGUACAGACAAGGAGUGCAUCGACAGAGCGAACGAGCGGUGCAUUACUCAUGCAUCAUUCUCGAGAUACUCAACAAAAGCAGUGGACGGAGACAUGCAUCCAUACGCUCUCAGCUGCUUCAAAGAUCUUCAUCGCGCAGCGCAGGGCGUUGUUAUCAUUGGAGGACUUUGGGUCUGCUUGGGAAGCACUUUUGUCCUAUGUUGAAUGGGCAGCUUGUUAUCAAAACGCAGAGCUAUCAUUGUCCGCCAUAAAAAGCUUCCAAGAGGUUUUGCUAGGAAAAAUAUCAGCACAGACUUUGGACAUCAACACGCGUGAGAGAAACGCACUCGAAGAUGUCACGCCAGUGCUUCCCUUACCUCAGUGGAUAGAAUCGUGGAAUACUUGGCAACGGAUAUCGCGUGGUUUAGCACGGAUGGGUAACGGCGCAACAUCAUCAAAUGAUAAAACCACCUAUAUACCUGGCCCGUCUCAUCUUACAACGCUUUUGCAUAUAUUUCCGUCAUUGUUCGAACAUGUUGCGAGACAUAUUUCUGUCGACGAACUCAAAGCCGAACAGCUUCCUUCAGUGCUCGAGAGCCUCAUCAAUGUCCCUGUGCCAAGCGAACAAGCGCCAUUUGUCAUGCAGUCAGUCCAUUCGCACAUGUCUCCCACCCAAGAAGCUGUAUGCGAAGCGAUACGAUCCAUCUAUAAUGAGUGUACAUCACAAGGAAGUCAGUUACGCGAUGCCUUACCCGAUCAGAUUCGACAGCUGCUCAAGUUCAGCGGUAUGGCCUUGAAAAGUCCUGCUACAUUGCGACCUGUAACCAACAUGACAGCUUCUGGACAAAAGGAUUAUGUAAGUCCCAAUAAAAUUACUAUGCUUGAUCUUUAUUGA